GCCAGACUGCUUUUCAACUCAUCAUCCUAGAAGGAAACAUUUGACGGAGGCGACAAUGAGUCUUGACUGGUAUACUGACAACAGCAAAUCAGUGUUUAAAGAAGUGGACCUCCACAGUGAGACCAACAACAAUGAGCACCACACCAGGGAAAUCUCAGGGAAGGAGCUGAUUGUGAGGCGAGGCCAGUCCUUCAAACUAACCCUCAAGCUGAGCCAACCUUUCAACCCUGGCUUUGAUCAGCUAACAAUGACUGUGGAGACAGGAUAUUAUCCAUCAGAGGACCUGGGGACAAAGUCUCGCUUUGGUUUCCCAGCCAAAGUGCUACAUUCAGCUUCUGCUAAGACCGUGUGGAAGGCAGAGCUUCACAAAAGCUCUUCUCCUGAAACAGGACUCUUGAUCCUGACCAUAACACCCCCAGCUGACACUCCUGUUGGGGAAUACAAACUUUCCGGCAAACUCAAGGACAAGGAAGAGAAGCUAGCAAACCUUUAUGUUCUUUUCAACCCGUGGAGUCCUGAUGACUGGGUGUUUCUGCCCAAGGACGAAGAGAGACAAGAGUAUGUGAUGAAUGAACAGGGAAUAAUCUACAGAGGAGGUGGUAAUUACAUCUCUCCAAUGUUUUGGGACUUUGGACAGUUUGAACAGGACAUGGUGAAGAUCUGCAUGAAGGUCCUUGAUCGCAACAUCAAGCACUGGUUUAAUCCAUCUGAGGAUGCUUCCGCUCGUUGUAACCCCAUCUACGUCAGUCGAGUGAUCAGCGCCGUGAUUAACAGCUCCGAUGAAAAUGGAGUUGUGAUGGGAAACUGGGGGAAUGACUUCAGUGGUGGCGUCCCGCCCACCCACUGGAGCGGCAGCUAUGCCAUCCUGAAACAGUGGUAUGACUCUUUCUACCGCCCAGUCAGAUACGGCCAGUGCUGGGUGUUUGCCGGCGUCAUGUGUUCUGUGAUGCGCCUGCUGGGUAUUCCCUGUCGCGUCGUCACCAACUUCCAGUCUGCUCACGACACCAACAAGAACCUGACCAUCGACAACUACUUUGAUUAUGAAGGAUUUAAAGAGAAGGACUCCAGUGACAGCAUCUGGAACUUCCACGUCUGGGUUGAGGGGUGGAUGAAACGACCAGACCUGUCAAAAGAUGGGAAAUACGAUGGCUGGCAGGUUGUGGAUCCAACACCACAGGAGAGGAGUGAUGGUCUUUUCUGCUGUGGCCCGGCCUCGUUGACGGCCAUCCUGAAUGGGGAUACUGAUCUUAAAUACGACGUCCCGUUUGUCUUCGCGGAGGUCAACGCUGACUCUGUUUACUGGCUGGUGAAACCUGAUGGAACCAAGUUGAAAAUCUUUUCUGACACCGACACAGUUGGGCAGUACAUCUCCACCAAGUCGGUCGGCUCAUACAAAAGGAUGGACCUCACCGACGCCUACAAGCACAAAGAAGGGACCGCAAAGGAAAGAAAUGUCUUUAGAUACGCCCUCGACAAACUGCAAAAUGGAACAACGGCGCUCCGAGACGUUCCUCGGACUGCUGAGAUGGCCAUGGAUAGUGCAAGGGAGGUCGCCAAUGAGCCUACAUACGAAUCACCAUCAAUCCUUCCUUCACAGCCGCAGCUGCUCAUCCGAUUUGAAGACUCAGUCAAGCCAGAGAACGGUAAGGAUGUGAAGCUGAAGGUGAUUCUGAGCAGCGAUAGCAGCGUCACCAGAACGUUUUCCGUCAACAUCAGCGUCCAAGCCAUGAAGUACACCGGCCAACCCGCCGGCAACAUCCUGACUGAGGUGACCGAGCAGAAGCUGCUGCCUGGGAAAGAUCUGACCAUCCCAGUUCUGGUCCCAUUCUCAACCUACCAUAAAUACAUGAUACACAGGAGGACCAUGAGCGUAUCAGCGGUUAUCACUGACCUACAGAAUGAAGAUAACAUUUACAUGGCAGCAAACAGAAUUGUGCUCGCAAACCCUCCGAUCUCCAUCACUGUUUCCGGUGAAAGCAGGCUGAACCAGGAGAUGACUGCUGAAGUGGCCUUCAUGAAUCCUGUCAAUGAGACGCUGAGGAAUUGCACCCUGAGUCUUUCCGGAAGCGGACUUUUUAUUGGAGAAGAGAUAAUAAAUCUUCCAAAUCUGCUGCCAAGCAACAAAGUGCGUGUUAAAAUCACCCUCGUUCCCUACAAGAUGGGAGAACGGGCUCUGCUGGUCAACUUCAACUGUGCGUCCUUCAGAGACAUCAAGACCAGCUGCACUGUCAACAUCAAACCUUGAUUUUCUCACGUUGUCUUAUCGCUAAGGCAAGAAGUUUGAUGCCAAUAUUGAAGUUUAUAUAUA